AUGGAAAGUACUCAACCAGCAAAACAUUCACAUCGAAUUUCUCGAUCACGUCCUAUUGUUCAGCCUUUAGCUAAACAAGAAGCACGACGUUUAGAAUCUUUAUAUGAAGACUCACCGGCAGUCAAUACUAUAGAUUGGAGUACAAUUCAUAAAGAUGCUGAUGAUGACGUUAUUAAUGUUCAAAAUUUUAAUACUCGAUUAAUGGAUUUUCAAAAACAACAAGAAAAAAAUAAAAAUGAUCGUAUUAUAAUAAAUGUAUGUGGUCAGCGUUAUGAAACAUGGCGAACAACACUUGAACUUUAUCCAGAUACAUUACUUGGAAAUGAGAAAAAACGUAAAUAUUAUUAUGAUAAAAAUUGUAAAGAAUAUUUUUUUGAUCGUCAUCGUGGAUGUUUUGAAGCAAUACUUUAUUAUUAUCAAUCACAUGGUCGUUUAAGACGACCUGAAUAUAUUUCACUUGAUAUAUUUAUUGAAGAAGUUACUUUUUUUCAAUUAGGAGAACAAGCACUUAAUCAAAUACGUAAAGAUGAAAAUAUAAAAGAAGUUAAAAAAGUUCCUUUACCAAAAAAUCCUAUUCGAAGAUAUUUAUGGGUAACAAUGGAGUAUCCCAAUUAUUCAAAAAUAGCAAAAAUUUUUAAUAUUUUAUCAUUGGCUAUGAUUAUUAUAUCAACUAUUACUCUUUCGAUUGAAACAUUACCACAAUAUGUUGAUUUAGAUAAUUUAAAUUGUGAAAAAGAUCAUAAUAUAACAGUAACAACUAAUUAUCAUCUUAAUAAUGGAGCAAAUCAAAAUUCAUCUCAACCAUCCUAUGUUUGUUCUUCAUAUUUUGCAUCACCUUUCUUUAUUAUUCAAGCUGUUUGUAUUGGAUUUUUUACAAUUGAAUUUUUGGUUCGUAUAUUCUCUACACCAUCAUUACUUAAUUUCAUAAAAAGUUUAAUGAAUUGGAUUGAUUUAAUGGCUAUAAUACCUUUUUUUAUAACAGUUGCUAUUCGUUUAGCUAGUCGACACAAUGAAAUGAAUUCACGUAUUUAUGUUAAUCUUAGAUUUUUAACUAUACUUCGUGUUGCACGUAUUUUUAAAUUUUAUGGAGUGUUUAAAAGUAUGAAAUCUUUUCGUGUACUUUCAACAGCAAUAAGAGAAUCCUUACUUGAUUUUUUAAUAAUGACUAUUAUUUUAAGUGUAUUCGGUUUUCUUUUCGGUACUAUUGCUUAUUAUGUUGAAAAUCAUUCAAAUGGUCAAGCAUUUGAUUCAAUAUUUAAAGCAGCUUAUUGGGGAACUAUUACAAUAACAAGUGUUGGAUAUGGUGAUAUAACACCAAUAACACCGAUCGGUCGAAUACUUUCCUGUUUGUGUGGAUUAGUUGGUGCUGCAACGAUUGGUAUGCUUGUUUCUGUUCUUGUUGAUCGAUAUCAACGUAUUUAUGCUCGAACAUUAUUUAUUAAUGAAGAACGAAUUGAUAUUGAUGAUUAUUCUGAUGAUGAAAAUAAUGAUACUGAUUCAGAAAAUGUUAAUCUUUAUUCAAUUAACCGUAGCCGUAGAAAUACAAGGACUACAGAUAAUAAUCCACAACUAAAAGAAAAUGUUAGAAAUGGUGAAACUAAUACAGUAGAAUUUCUUCCAACACCUGAUUCACCAUUAGAUGAACAAAAUUCAAUGAAUAGCAAAGCCUAA